UUGUACCUGAACCUCGUCCAGUUCCUAAAAAUGAUGUUGGAUUUAAAUAUACUGUCAAACAUCGACCAUUUCCUGAAGAGGUGGAUAAGAUUCCUUUUGUGAAAGCAGAUCUGAGCAUUCCAGAUUUGCAUGAAAUUGUCACUGAAGAAUUAGAAGAGAGACAUGAAAAAUUAAGGAAUGGCAUGACCCAGCAGAUUGCUUAUGAAGUACACCUUGAACAUCAAAGUGAGGAAGAACUGCAAAAGAGAAGUUUUCCUGAUCCAGUUACGGAUUGUAAGCCUCCACCACCUGCCCAGGAAUUCCAAACAGCACGCCUUUUCCUUUCCCACUUUGGAUUUUUGUCCUUAGAAGCAUUGAAGGAGCCUGCAAAUAGUCGCCUACCUCCUCACCUUAUUGCACUUGACUCCACGAUACCUGGAUUUUUUGAUGACAUUGGGUAUCUGGAUCUCUUGCCAUGUCGUCCCUUUGACACAGUUUUUAUUUUCUAUAUGAAACCAGGUCAGAAAACAAACCAGGAGAUUUUAAAGAAUGUGGAAUCUUCCAGAAAUGUUCAGCCACAUUUCCUAGAAUUUUUGCUUUCCCUUGGCUGGUCAGUAGAUGUGGGCAGACACCCUGGUUGGACUGGGCAUGUUUCCACCAGUUGGUCUAUUAACAGUUGCGACGAUGGUGAAGGACCUGAACAAGAUGAAGUGAUUACCUCUGAAGAUGUUGGGGCUAGCAUUUUCAAUGGACAGAAGAAGGUGCUGUAUUAUGCCGAUGCCCUUACUGAAAUAGCUUUUGUAGUUCCUUCUCCUGUGGAGUCCUUAACCGAUUCAUUGGAAAGUAACAUAUCAGACCAAGAUAGUGAUUCAAAUAUGGAUCUUAUGCCUGGAAUUCUGAAACAGCCAUCCCUGACACUUGAGCUUUUCCCUAAUCACACAGACAAUCUUAAUUCCUCACAGCGGGUAAGUAACUUCGUUGAUACAGCUCUGAAAAUUUGUCAUGCAGUAGGGGUAAUUAUAGAAUCAUGCCUUUAAUCAACCUUUUAACUGUAACCUAGAGAGCAGUGAGAGCAGUACUGAUUCAUUAGUAUCUUAAUUUUUUAAAGUCAAAUUCUCACAAUUUUCUUUUUUUCAGUUUGCAACAAGUAGAUCAUUCUAGGACAGCCUCUGUUGUUUUCCUUGAUUUGGUCAUUCUGGUACCAUGCUUGGGUCUCUCACCCG